AGGCGCGAGCGCUAGCGAGUCGCACGCAGUUCCAGGAGCGGAGCUCUGGCACUGGCGCCAGCUGCGAGCGGAGGGCACCAACUCCGCGGAACUGGCUUUGCAAUGGGACACCUGUGGCUCCUGGGGAUUUGGGGCCUCUGGGGGCUGCUCAUGUGUGCCGCGAAUCCCCGCACAGAUGGCUCUGAAAUAAUCCCCAAAGUCACAGAAAUAAUACCUAAAUAUGGCAGCAUAAAUGGAGCAACAAGGCUGACUAUCAGAGGAGAAGGUUUUUCUCAAGCAAACCAAUUUACCUAUGGAGUUGAUAAUGCUGAGUUGGGAAACAGUGUGCAAUUAGUUUCUUCUUUCCAGUCAAUUGCUUGUGAUGUAGAAAAAGAUGCAAGUCAUUCAACUCACAUUACAUGCUAUACUAGAGCAAUGCCAGAAGGUUCCUACACUGUUAGAGUCAGUGUGGAUGGGGUUCCUGUUACAGAAAAUAACACCUGCAAAGGCCACAUCAACAGUUGGGCAUGUACCUUCAAUGCAAAAAGUUUUAGAACCCCAACAAUAAGAAGCAUCACACCUUUAUCUGGAACUCCAGGUACACUAAUAACAAUCCAAGGCAGAAUCUUCACUGAUGUCUAUGGAAGUAAUAUUGUACAAAGUUCAAAUGGGAAAAAUGUUAGGAUUUUGAGAGUUUACAUUGGAGGAAUGCCCUGCGAGCUUCUCAUACCACAGUCUGAUAGUUUAUAUGGUCUAAAACUGGAUCAUCCAAAUGGAGAUAUGGGUUCUAUGAUUUGUAAGACGACUGGAACUUUUAUUGGUCAUCACAAUGUCAGCUUCAUCUUAGAUAGUGAUUAUGGAAGGAGUCUUCCACAGAAAAUGACAUAUUUUGUUUCUUCUCUCAGUAAAAUUUCAAUGUUUCAAACAUAUGCAGAGGUCACUACAAUUUUCCCUUCACGAGGAAGCAUUCAAGGUGGCACCACGCUAACAAUAAGUGGGCAGUUCUUUGAUCAGACAGAUUUCCCAGUCAGAGUUCUAGUUGGAGGUGAAACUUGUGAUACCUUGAAUGUCACAGAAAAUAGUAUAUCUUGCAAGACACCCCCCAAACCUCAUAUUCUCAAAACUGUAUAUCCAGGAGGGAGAGGCCUGAAGCUUGAGGUAUGGAAUAAUACCUGCCCAGUACAUCUGGAAGAGAUACUUGAAUACAAUGAAAAAACACCUGGGUACAUGGGGGCCAGUUGGGUAGAUUCAGCUUCCUAUAUUUGGCCCAUGGAACAAGACACAUUUGUCGCACGCUUUAGUGGAUUUUUGGUGGCUCCAGAUUCUGAUGUUUAUAGAUUCUACAUCAAAGGUGAUGACCGUUAUGCUAUUUAUUUUAGCCAGAGUGGACUUCCAGAAGAUAAGGUGAGGAUUGCAUAUCAUUCUGCCAAUGCCAACAGUUAUUUUUACAGUCCAGCACAAAGAUCAGAUGAUAUUCAUCUGCAGAAAGGAAAAGAAUACUAUAUUGAAAUUUUGCUGCAGGAGUAUAGAUUAAGUGCAUUUGUUGAUGUCGGACUGUACCAGUAUCAAAAUGUUUAUACUGAACAACAAACAGGAGAUGCAGUAAAUGAAGAACAAGUUAUCAAAUCCCAGUCGACAAUCAUCCAGGAAGUACAGGUUAUAACAUUGGAAAACUGGGAAACAACUAAUGCAAUUAAUGAAGUUCAGAAGAUCAAGGUAACCAGCCCAUGUGUGGAAGCUAAUUCAUGUUCACUUUACCAAUACAGAUUAAUCUAUAAUAUGGAAAAAACUGUCUUCCUACCUGCUGAUGCAUCUGAAUUCAUACUGCAAUCAGCCUUGAAUGAUCUCUGGUCUAUAAAACCGGACACAGUUCAAGUGAUAAGAACACAGAAUACCUGGAGCUAUAUCUACACGAUAACAUUCAUAUCAACUAGAGGAGACUUUGACCUGUUUGGUUAUGAAGUCUUUGAAGGGAAUAAUGUUACACUGGAUAUUACAGAACAAACCAAAGGAAAACCCAGCUUGGAGACAUUCACACUGAAUUGGGAUGGGAUUUCUUCUAAGCCGCUCACUCCAUGGUCAUCAGAGGCUGAAUUUCAGAGAGCAGUGGAAGAAAUGGUUAGCACCAAGUGUCCACCACAAAUCACAAAUUUUGAAGAAGGAUUUGUUGUGAAAUACUUCAGAGACUAUGAAACUGAUUUUAAUCUGGAACGUAUUAACAGAGGGCAGAAGACAGCUGAAACUGAUGCUUACUGUGGUCGUUACUCCCUGAAAAACCCAGCUGUUCUUUUUGACUCAGCAGAUGUUAAACCAAACAGACUACCAUAUGGAGACAUUUUAUUGUUUCCUUAUAAUCAGUUAUGUUUAGCAUACAAAGGAUUCCUGGCAAAUUAUAUUGGUCUAAAAUUCCAGUACCAAGACAGUAGUAGCAAGAUUAUUAGAAGCACUGAUGUACAAUUCACAUAUAACUUUGCUUAUGGAAACAACUGGACUUACACUUGCAUAGACCUUCUGGAUCUCAUAAGAACAAAAUACACUGGGACAAAUAUUUGUCUUCAAAGGAUUAGUUUACAGAAAGCAUCAGAAUCACAGUCCUUCUAUGUGGAUGUAGUGUACAUUGGACACACAUCUACAAUCUCAACAUUGGAUGAAAUGCCCAAGAGAAGACUUCCUGCAUUAGCAAAUAAAGGAAUAUUUUUAGAGCACUUUCAGGUGAAUUGGACCAAAAUAAAUGGACCAACCAUGACACACCAAUAUUUUGUUACCAUGACUUCAUAUAAUUGCAGUUACAAUAUACCCAUGAUGGCUGUGAGUUUUGGGCAGAUAAUCACACAUGAGACAGAGAAUAAGAUUGUCUACAGAGGAAAUAAUUGGCCAGGCGAGUCAAAAAUUCAUAUUCAAAGAAUUCAAGCUGCAUCUCCACCUCUAAGUGGAAGCUUUGACAUUCAAGCUUAUGGACGUAUUCUCAAAGGCCUCCCUGCCGAUGUGUCAGCUGCAGAUCUACAGUUUGCUCUACAGAGUCUGGAGGGAAUGGGAAGAGUCUCAGUUACACGAGAGGGAACCUGUGCUGGCUACACGUGGAACAUCAAGUGGAGAAGCACCUGUGGAAAGCAGAAUCUUCUACAGAUUAAUGAUUCCAACAUUAUUGGAGAAAAGGCUAAUAUGACAGUUACAAGGAUAAAGGAAGGUGGCUUAUUCAGACAACACAUACUUGGAGACCUGCUUCGUACACCCAGUCAACAGCCACAGGUUGAAGUCUAUGUCAAUGGAAUUCCAGCUAAAUGUUCAGGUGACUGUGGAUUUACAUGGGAUUCUGCCAUUACUCCCCUCGUCUUGGGUACAAGCCCUUCUCAAGGGUCCUAUGAAGAAGGCACAAUUCUAACCAUAGUGGGUUCCGGAUUUUCUCCUAGUUCAGCCGUAACAGUCUCAGUUGGACCAGUAGGUUGCUAUUUGCUUUCUGUGGAUGAAAAGGAGAUUAAGUGCCAGAUUCUGAAUGGAAGUGCUGGACAUGCCCCAGUUGCGGUGUCCAUAGUUGAUGUUGGACUAGCACAGAAUGUAGGGGGCGAAGAGUUCUACUUUGUUUAUCAGAGUCAGAUCUCGCAUAUCUGGCCUGAUUCUGGAAGCAUAGCAGGUGGUACGCUACUGACUCUAUCUGGAUUUGGCUUUAAUGAAAAUUCAAAGGUAUUAGUUGGAAAUGAAACCUGCAAUGUGAUUGAAGGGGAUUUGAAUAGGAUAACCUGCAGGACACCAAAAAAAACUGAGGGUACAGUUGAUAUUUCAGUUACUACCAAUGGAUUUCAAGCCACAGCAAGGGAUGCUUUUAGUUAUAAUUGUUUACAGACACCAAUUAUAACUGAUUUUAGUCCAAAAGUACGAACAAUAUUAGGAGAAGUUAAUUUAACAAUUAAUGGCUAUAAUUUUGGAAAUGAACUGACACAAAACAUGGUGGUAUAUGUUGGAGGAAAAACCUGCCAGCUUCUUCACUGGAACUUCACAGAUAUUAGAUGCCUUUUGCCCAAGUUGCCUCCUGGAAAACAUGAUAUCUAUGUAGAAGUCAGAAACUGGGGUUUUGCAUCAACAAGAGACAAAUUAAAUUCUUCGAUACAGUAUGUUUUGGAAGUGACCAGCAUGUUUCCACAAAGAGGCUCCUUGUUCGGUGGAACUGAAAUCACCAUAAAGGGUUUUGGAUUCAGCACAAUAUCAGCUGAAAAUACCGUGCUGUUAGGGUCCAUCCCUUGCAAUGUUACAUCAUCAUCAGAAAAUGUCAUAAAAUGUAUUCUUCAUUCAACUGGAAAUAUAUUUAGGAUUACCAACAAUGGGAAAGAUUCAGUGCAUGGAUUAGGUUAUGCCUGGUCACCAUCAGUCCUAAAUGUGUCUGUGGGGGACACAGUGGCAUGGCAUUGGCAAACACAUCCCUUUCUUAGAGGGAUAGGAUAUAGGGUUUUUUCUGUCUCCAGUCCUGGAAGUGUAAUUUAUGACGGCAAAGGAUUCACAAAUGGAAGACAAAAAUCUACAUCAGGUUCAUUUUCUUACCAAUUUACUUCACCUGGAAUCCAUUAUUAUAGCAGCGGGUUUGUUGAUGAGGCUCACUCCAUUUUUCUCCAAGGAGUCAUUAAUGUUUUACAAGCUGAAACCAGGCACAUUCCCCUGCACCUGUUUGUGGGUAGCUCUGAAGCCACAUAUGCUCGUGGAGGACUUGAGAAUUUGCACUUGGGAAGCUCUGUGACAGGCUGCCUAGCAACAGAACCCCUGUGUGGCCUGAACAAUACCAAGGUUAAAAAUUCAGAAAGAUUGCUAUUUGAGGUUUCAAGUUGUUUUUCACCAUCUAUAAGCAACAUUACUCCAUCCAGCGGAACAGUAAAUGAACUAAUAACAAUUAUUGGACAUGGCUUUAGUAAUCUCCCAUGUGCUAAUAAGGUUACAAUUGGUAGCUACCCCUGUAUCAUAGAAGAAAGUAGUGACAAUUCAAUUACGUGUCAUAUUGACCCUCAAAACUCAAUGGAUGUUGGUAUCAGGGAAAUUGUCACUUUAACUGUCUACAACCUGGGCACUGCUAUCAAUACAUUGUCCAACGAAUUUGAUAGGCGAUUUGUACUUUUGCCAAACAUUGACCUAGUGUUGCCAAAUGUAGGAUCGACUACAGGAAUGACAAGAGUGACCAUAAAAGGCUCUGGAUUUGCAGUUUCUUCUACAGGCGUAGAAGUCCUUAUGGGUCAUUUCCCAUGUAAAGUUCUAUCUGUGAAUUAUAGAGCCAUUGAAUGUGAAACAUCCCCUGCUGUCCAACAACUUGUGGAUGUAUAUCUUCUAAUACAUGGAGUGCCUGCCCAGUGCCAGGGAAACUGUACCUUUUCAUAUUUAGAAAGCAUCACUCCUUAUAUAACAGGAAUCUCCCCAAACUCUAUCAUAGAAUCUGUAAAAGUUAUUAUUGAAGGAGAAGGUUUUGGAACUGUUUUGGAUGACAUUGCUGUUUUCAUUGGAAAUCAACAGUUCAGAGUAAUAGAUGUUAAUGAAAACAACAUCACUGCUCUUGUGACUUCUCUCCCAGUUGGACGUCAUUCUCUUAGUGUUGUGGUGGGAAGUAAAGGCUUGGCUCUGGGAAACCUGUCUGUCAGCAGCCCUCCAGUAGCAUCUGUCUCACCAACUUCUGGAAGCACUGGUGGUGGAACAACAUUGGUGAUCACAGGAAAUGGCUUCUAUCCAGGCAAUACCACAGUCACUAUUGGGGAUGACCCUUGUCAGAUUAUUUCCAUCGACCCCAAUGAAGUCUACUGCCACACUCCACCUGGGACUGCUGGAAUGGUCGGUGUGAAAAUCUUUGUUAAUACAAUCUCUUAUCCACCUUUGCUUUUUACAUAUGCCCUGGAAGAUACUCCAUUUCUCAGAGGAAUUGUCCCAAGUAGAGGUCCACCGGGAACUGAAAUUGAGAUUACUGGAUCCAACUUUGGUAUUGAGAUCUUGGACAUCUCAGUAAUGAUAAAUAACAUUCAGUGUAAUGUAACUAUGGCCAAUGAUAGUGUGUUGCAGUGCAUCGUGGGAGAUCAUGCUGGGGGCACAUUUCCUGUUAUGAUGCAUCAUAAGACAAAAGGCUCUGCCAUCUCCACAGUUGUGUUUGAGUACCCGCUUAAUAUUCAAAAUAUUAAUCCAAGCCAAGGGAGCUUUGGUGGGGGUCAAACCAUGACUGUGACAGGCACCGGAUUUAAUCCACAAAAUUCAAUUAUAUUAGUUUGUGGCUCAGAAUGUGCAGUUGACAGGCUUAGAUCUGAUUACACAACAUUAUUAUGUGAAAUUCCAUCUAAUAAUGGCAGGGGUGCUGAGCAAGCCUGUGAAGUGAGUGUGGUUAAUGGGAAAGAUUUGUCACAGUCUACGACUCCAUUUACGUACUCAGUGUUCCUGACUCCACUCAUCACUGCAGUAUCUCCCAAGAGAGGCAGUACGGCAGGAGGCACCAGACUGACAGUCAUGGGGUCAGGAUUCAGUGAAAAUAUAGAGGAUGUUCAUAUCACCAUAGCUGAAGCCAAAUGCGCUGUUCAGUGUUCCAACAAGACACACAUCAUCUGCAUGACAAAUGCCCAUCCUCUCUCAGGGUGGGCUCCAGUUCACGUCCACAUCAGAGGUGUUGGCAUGGCCAAACUGGAUAAUGCUGACUUUCUUUAUGUUGAUGCUUGGUCCUCCAAUAUCUCAUGGGGGGGAAGAUCUCCUCCGGAAGAAGGGUCUCUUGUUGUUAUUACCAAAGGACAGACAAUUCUGCUCGAUCAAAGCACCCCUAUUUUGAAAAUGUUGCUUAUUCAGGGUGGAACUCUAAUAUUUGAUGAAGCUGACAUUGAACUCCAGGCAGAAAAUAUUCUAAUUACAGAUGGAGGCAUUCUUCAGAUUGGGACGGAGACAUCCCCAUUCCAACACAAGGCUGUCAUUACCUUGCAUGGGCACCUGCGAUCUCCUGAGCUCCCUGUCUAUGGUGCCAAAACACUGGCUGUGCGAGAGGGAAUCCUGGAUCUCCACGGUGUGCCUGUUCCUGUGAUCUGGACUCGCCUGGCUCAUACUGCAAAGGCAGGGGAAAGAAUUUUAAUUUUACAAGAAGCAGUAACAUGGAAACCAGGAGAUAACAUUGUAAUUGCAAGCACAGGACACAGACACAGUCAAGGAGAGAAUGAGAAAAGGACUAUAGCAUCUGUAUCUGCUGAUGGCAUAACCGUAACACUAAGUAAUCCACUAAAUUACACACACUUAGGAAUUACUGUCACACUCCCUGAUGGAACUCUGUUUGAAGCAAGAGCAGAAGUUGGAAUUCUUACAAGAAAUAUUUUAAUAAGAGGAUCUGAUAAUGUUGAGUGGAAUAACAAAAUUCCAGCAUGUCCUGAUGGAUUUGACACAGGAGAAUUUGCUACACAAACCUGCCUCCAAGGAAAGUUUGGAGAAGAAAUAGGAAGUGACCAGUUUGGAGGCUGCAUUAUGUUUCAUGCUCCUGUACCUGGUGCUAACAUGGUAACUGGGAGAAUAGAAUACGUAGAGGUAUUCCACGCUGGCCAGGCUUUCCGAUUGGGGCGAUAUCCAAUACAUUGGCACCUGCUUGGGGAUUUACACUUUAAGUCUUAUGUAAGAGGCUGUGCAAUUCACCAGGCCUAUAACAGAGCUGUUACUAUCCAUAACACACACCAUCUUUUGGUUGAGAGAAAUAUUAUAUAUGAUAUCAGGGGAGGAGCAUUUUUUAUAGAAGAUGGUAUUGAACAUGGCAAUAUCUUCCAGUAUAACUUGGCAAUAUUUGUACAGCAAAGUACCAGUCUUCUGAAUGAUGAUGUGACUCCAGCUGCAUUUUGGGUCACCAACCCGAACAAUACCAUACGACACAAUGCUGUUGCUGGUGGCACUCACUUUGGUUUUUGGUACCGGAUGAACAACCACCCUGAUGGGCCAUCCUAUGACAGAAACAUUUGUCAAAAAAGAGUUCCCCUUGGAGAAUUUUUUAACAAUACUGUCCAUUCUCAAGGUUGGUUUGGAAUGUGGAUUUUUGAGGAAUAUUUCCCCAUGCAAACAGGAUCUUGUACAUCCACAGUUCCUCUGCCUGCAAGAUUUAAUUCAUUUACUGCUUGGAAUUGUCAAAAAGGAGCUGAAUGGGUCAAUGGAGGUGCCCUUCAGUUCCAUAACUUUGUGAUGGUGAAUAACUAUGAGGCUGGAAUCGAGACUAAGAGGAUCCUGGCUCCUUAUGUUGGAGGAUGGGGUGAAACCAAUGGAGCAAUGAUUAAAAAUGCAAAAAUAGUUGGCCAUCUUGAUGAACUGGGAACGGGGUCUGCAUUUUGCACUAGAAAAGGCCUGGUUCUCCCAUUCAGUGAAGGCUUGACUGUAUCUUCUGUGCACUUUAUAAACUUUGAACAUCCCAACUGUGUAGCUUUGGGAGUAACAUCCAUCUCUGGAGUUUGUAAUGACAGAUGUGGCGGUUGGAGUGCAAAGUUUGUUGACAUCCAAUAUUUUCACACACCAAACAAGGCUGGCUUUCGCUGGGAACAUGAAAUGGUAUUGAUCGAUGUUGAUGGCUCACUUACAGGGCACAAAGGACAUACCGUCAUUCCACACAGCUCAUUGCUAGACCCUUCUCAUUGUACUCAGGAAGCUGAGUGGAGCAUUGGGUUCCCUGGAUCAGUCUGUGAUGCUUCAGUCAGCUUUCACCGUUUAGCAUUCAACAAGCCUUCUCCAGUAUCUCUGCUUGAAAAGGAUGUGGUUCUUUCAGACUCUUUUGGCACAAGCAUUAUUCCAUUUCAGAAGAAACGACUGACUCAUAUGUCUGGAUGGAUGGCUCUGAUUCCAAAUGCAAAUCACAUUAACUGGUAUUUUAAAGGUGUGGAUCACAUAACCAACAUAUCGUAUACAUCAACAUUCUAUGGAUUUAAGGAUGAAGACUAUGUAAUUAUAUCACAUAACUUUACUCAAAAUCCUGAUAUGUUUAAUAUUAUUGAUAUGAGGAAUGGUUCUUCAAAUCCAUUGAAUUGGAAUACUAGCAAGAAUGGAGACUGGCACCUUGAAGCAAACACUAGUACUCUAUAUUACUUGGUGUCAGGAAGAAAUGACCUUCAACAGAGUCAGCCCAUUUCUGGGAACCUGGAUCCUGAUGUGAAAGACGUUGUUAUUAAUUUCCAAGCUUACUGUUGUAUUCUCCAGGAUUGCUUUCCUGUACAUCCCCCAUCAAGAAAACCAAUGCCCAAGAAGCGACCAGCCACAUAUAAUUUAUGGUCAAAUGAUUCUUUUUGGCAAUCAUCACGAGAAAAUAAUUAUACUGUACCUCACCCAGGGGCAAAUGUGAUUAUACCUGAAGGAAUAUGGAUUGUAGCUGACAUAGAUAUGCCAUCAAUGGAAAGACUCAUUAUUUGGGGGGUUCUAGAACUGGAAGAUAGAUAUAACGUAGGAGCUGCAGAAUCUUCUUACAGAGAAGUUGUUUUGAAUGCUACCUACAUAUCACUGCAGGGAGGUAGAUUAAUUGGUGGCUGGGAAGAUAACCCUUUUAAAGGAGACUUAAAGAUUGUUCUUAGAGGAAAUCAUACUACCCAAGACUGGGCUCUUCCAGAAGGACCAAAUCAAGGGUCAAAGGUCUUAGGGGUGUUUGGUGAGCUGGAUCUUCAUGGAAUUCCACGUUCAAUAUAUAAAACUAAGCUCUCAGAAACUGCAGAUGCAGGUUCUAAAAUCCUGUCUCUGAUGGAUGCUGUGGAUUGGCAGGAGGGAGAAGAGAUUGUGAUAACAACCACAAGCUAUGAUUUCCAUCAGACAGAAACAAGAAGUAUCAUUAAAAUUCUCCAUGAUCGUAAAAUUCUCAUUCUUAAUGAUAGCCUUUCCUAUACUCACUUUGCUGAGAAAUACCAUGUCCCUGGAACUGGUGAGAGCUACACAUUAGCAGCUGAUGUUGGGAUACUGAGCAGGAACAUCAAAAUAGUUGGUGAAGAUUACCCAGGUUGGUCCCAGGACUCUUUUGGAGCACACGUCCUGGUUGGCUCAUUCACUGAAAAUAUGAUGACAUUUAAAGGAAAUGCAAGAAUAAGUAAUGUGGAAUUUUAUCACAGUGGUCAAGAAGGCUUCAGGGAUAGCACAGAUCCAAGAUAUGCUGUAACAUUUCUUAACCUAGGACAGAUUCAAGAACAUGGCUCAUCUUAUAUUCAAGGCUGUGCUUUUCACCAUGGCUUCUCUCCAGCAAUUGGUGUAUUUGGGACAGAUGGAUUGGACAUAGAUGACAACAUCAUUCACUUUACAGUGGGAGAAGGCAUAAGAAUAUGGGGGAAUGCCAACCGAGUCCGAGGGAAUUUGAUUGCUCUUUCAGUUUGGCCAGGAACCUAUCAGAACAGAAAAGAUUUAAGUUCAACUCUCUGGCACGCAGCAAUUGAGAUAAAUGGAGGGACCAAUACAGUUUUGCAGAACAAUGUAGUUGCUGGCUUUGCAAGAGCAGGAUACCGUAUUGAUGGUGAACCUUGCCCAAGCCAGUUUAAUCCUAUGGAAAAGUGGUUUGACAAUGAAGCCCAUGGAGGUUUAUAUGGGAUCUAUAUGAACCAAGAUGGCCUUCCUGGAUGUUCUCUUAUACAAGGAUUUACCAUUUGGACAUGCUGGGAUUAUGGAAUUUAUUUUCAGACCACAGAGAAUGUGUACAUUUAUAAUGUGACCCUGGUUGACAAUGGAAUGGCGAUUUUUCCAAUGAUUUACUUGCCAGCUGCUAUAUCACACAAAAUUUCCAAUAAAAAAGUACAAAUUAAGAGCUCCUUAAUUGUUGGAAGUAGCCCCGGGUUUAAUUGCUCUGAUAUCCUAACUAAUGAUGAUCCCAAUGUUGAACUCACUGCUGCCCAUCGGAGUCCUAGAUCUCCAUCAGGUGGGAGAAGUGGGAUUUGUUGGCCUACCUUUGCUUCAGCUCAUAACAUGGCACCACGAAAGCCCCAUGCAGGGAUCAUGAGUUACAAUGCCAUCAGUGGCCUUUUGGACAUCUCAGGUUCAACAUUUGUUGGAUUUAAGAAUGUUUGUUCAGGGGAAACUAAUGUUAUAUUUAUUACUAACCCUUUAAAUGAGGAUUUACAACAUCCAAUCCAUGUGAAGAAUAUAAAACUGGUUGAUACUACUGAACAAUCAAAAAUAUUUAUACAUAGGCCUGAUAUAAGUAAGGUCAAUCCAUCUGAUUGUGUGGACAUGGUUUGUGAUGCCAAAAGGAAAUCUUUUCUUAGAGACAUAGAUGGCUCCUUUCUGGGGAAUGCUGGUUUUGUGAUACCUCAAGCAGAAUAUGAAUGGGAUGGAAACAGCCAACUAGGAAUUGGAGACUACAGAAUCCCUAAGGUGAUGCUCACAUUCUUGAAUGGAAGUAAGAUUCCCGUCACCGAGAAAGCACCUCAUAAAGGAAUUAUUAGAGAUUCAACCUGUAAGUACAUUCCACAGUGGCAGAGCUAUCAGUGCUUUGGGAUGGAAUAUGCAUUGAUGGUUAUUGAAAGUCUGGAUCCUGACACAGAAACUCGAAGAAUUUCCCCAGUGGCUGUAAUGGGCAAUGGUUAUGUAGAUCUCCUUAAUGGCCCACAGGAUCAUGGCUGGUGUGCUGGAUAUACAUGCCAGAGAAGACUGUCCCUGUUUCACAGUAUUGUGGCCCUGAACAAAUCUUAUGAAAUUUACUUCACUGGCACUAGUCCACAGAAUCUUCGACUGAUGUUGCUUAAUGUUGACCAUAACAAGGCUGUUCUAGUAGGAAUUUUCUUUUCCACACUUCAACGUUUGGAUGUCUAUGUGAACAACUCAUUGGUCUGUCCAAAAAAUACAAUAUGGAAUGCCCAGCAGAAACACUGUGAACUUAAUACACUUCUGUACAAAGACCAAUUCCUUCCUAACCUGGAUUCCACUGUCCUUGGUGAAAACUACUUUGAUAGAACCUACCAGCUGCUUUAUCUUUUGGUUAAAGGAACUAUACCUGUUGAAAUCCACACUGCCACAGUGAUAUUUGUUUCUUUCCAAUUACCUGCUGUAACAGAAGAUGACUUUUAUACCUCUCACAAUCUUGUUAGAAAUCUUGCCUUGUUUCUAAAGAUACCAAGUGACAAAAUCCGUAUCAGCAAAAUGAUAAGAGAGAAGAGUCUGCGGAGGAAGAGAUCCAUGGGAUUUAUAAUUGAAAUAGAGAUUGGAGACCCUCCUAUUCAGUUCUUAAACAAUGGCACCACAGGUCAGAUGCAAAUAUCUGAACUCCAGGAAACUGCUGGUUCUCUUGGACAAGCUGUAAUAUUAGGAAAAAUCAGUCGCAUCCUUGGAUUUAAUAUUUCUUCCAUGUCUAUUACUAAUCCCCUCCCCAGCCCAAGUGACUCUGGCUGGAUUAAGGUAACCGCCCAGCCAGUUGAAAGGUCUGCAUUUCCUGUUCACCACGUCGCCUUAGUGUCCUCACUCUCAGUGAUCACUCAGCCGGUGGCAGCACAGCCGGGACAGCCGUUUCCUCAGCAGCCUUCGGUAAAGGCAACAGAUUCUGACGGUAACUGUGUAUCAGUUGGAAUUACUGCACUAACUUUGAGGGCCAUACUCAAGGACUGCAAUAAUAACCAAGUCAGUGGCCUUAGUGGAAAUACAACAAUUCCAUUUAGCAGCUGUUGGGCCAACUACACAGACCUUACUCCCUUUAGAACAGGUAAAAAUUAUAAGAUUGAAUUCAUACUGGAUAAUGUUGCUCGGGUAGAAUCCAGAACUUUCAGCCUGCAGGCAGAGUCUGUCUCUAGCAGCAGCAGCAGCAGCAGUGGCAGCAGCAGCAGCAACAGCAAAGCAUCAACUGUGGGUACCUCUGCUCAGAUAAUGACUGUAGUAAUUAGCAGUCUGAUUGGAAGAAUGUGGCUCUUGGAAAUAUUUAUGGCUGCAGUUUCGACUGUGAAUAUAACUUUAAGAAGCUACUAAAGUGCUGUUCUGAAGAAUAGGCUGAAAACAAUAAUAUGAGAAUUGCUUGUUUAUUUGCUAUUUUGUUGUGCAACAGGGAAAAGUCUAUAGCAUUUUCAUGAAAAUAUACAAAAAAUAUUUUUAUAAUAUAUAAAAUGUACUAAUUAGCUUUAAACACAAAAAUCAGAUUUCUUCAAAAUAUAAAUUCGUUUUGAUUCUUUUUAUUUGUAUGUUCUUAUUUCAAUAAACUUCCAGAAAUCUGUCA